AUGCAUUGGAUCAGAGGAGAAACCCUCGGCAAGGGCGGUUUUGGGUUCGUCUCCAAGGCCACCACAACCCACCACCAUCCUUCUGCCGGCGCCCAUCAUCAUCAUCAUCAUCAUCAUCAUCAUCUGCCGCCUUUGAUCGCCGUCAAGUCCUCCACACUUUCAGAGUCGGCAUCACUCGUGAAGGAGAAACAACUGCUCGACAAAUUCCAGGGAUGCCCUUCCAUCCUCCCCUGCUUCGGAGACGACAUUUACGCCUCCGGUGGCUGCCUGGCCGACCGCAUCAUCCCCGCCAAAGGCCUCCCGGAGAAAGUUGUCGGCCGCUGUGCAAACUCCAUACUGGCGGCCCUUGUUCACAUCCACAGGCUCGGUUAUGUUCAUUGCGACGUCAAGCCACACAACGUGCUGCUCUUCGGCAACAACUACGAGAACGCCAAGCUCGCUGAUUUCGGGAGCUGCAAGAGACGCAACGAGGAUCAGACUGAUUUUGUGGGCACCGUCAUUUACGCUGCCCCAGAGUCAAUAGCCCGGCAAGAGUACGUGCCCGAAUCGGAUGUGUGGGCCCUGGGCUGCUCCGUUCUUCACAUGCUCACGGGAAAGUCGCCGUGGGUUUUCGACAAAAGAGCAGAGGCAAAGGACGUGCUGUUCAAGAUUGGUUGUAGUGAUCGGAUUCCGGUGAUCCCAGCGGGCAACAAGAUUUCAAAGGAGGCGAAAGACUUUCUCAACAAGUGUUUGGUGAAGGAUCCAGCGGCCAGAUGGAAAGCCGACAUGCUUCUCAAUCACCCGUUUCUCGUCAAGAGUAGUAGUAGUAUUUCCGAUGCACCGAGAAACUGCCACGUACCAUUGAAAUUGUCUCAUGGGAUUCGUCACUCAUUGGUGCCGCAUUGUUUCCAUGUCCCAAAAGUGAAUGCCGCAUGUUGA